UUUCUUGUAUGAACGCCCAACCGAGGGUCACGAUAAAACGCUGGAAGUACGCGAGAAUCUAAGCGGGCACUAAGCUUGCGCGCUGACGACUCUGUUGCGACACUGUCAGUAGACGGAAUAGCAGACACACGAAAGCAGCAGCAAAACCGAGCAUGUGGCGCUGAAUAUCUAAUAAUUUGGUGUAUUAAUCAGACAAAAAGACAGCUGUGAAGAACGUCGACUAUAGACUACGUGUUAUUAUUUCAUUCUCAAGAUGAGUUUGAGUCAGACUGAUAGAGUUGAUGGUGGCACAGGCGGCCUCAACAUAGGCAGCAGCAGUGGUGCCCAGCGGAUCCAGCAGUGCGUUCAUCCUCCCAGCAGCCGGACCAGAGAUGCACGAUACCAGCAGUAUCACAGCAGACAUCAUGGAGGUUCGGUGGUGAAUAAGCCAGCGCAUUCCGAACCUGCGGAUGCUGUGCGACGCGCGCUCGACUUCAAGACCCAAGGCACUCAGUGUUACAAGGAUAAGAAGUAUCGGGAGGCGAUUGGCAAAUACCAUCGCGCAUUAUUAGAGAUGAAAGGUGUGUGUAGGGUACUGGGAGACCCCGAUGCCAGCUCUAAAUCGCCCUCACCAGUUCUCCUGACUAUCAGCAAAUCCACCCUGACAGACGAGCAGAAAGGCGCGAUGGAGAAUGCCGAGCUGGAGUGUUACAACAGUCUGGCAGCCUGCCUGUUGCAAAUGGAGCUGGUGAACUAUGAGCGUGUGAAGGAGUACUGUCUUAAGGUGCUGUGUAAGGAGGGGGAGAACUUCAAAGCCCUGUACCGCUCCGGUGUGGCCUACUACCACCUGGGAGACUUUCACAAGGCGCUCCACUACCUCAACGAGUCACACAAGCAGCAGCCCUCAGACACCAAUGUCAUCCGCUACAUCCAGCUGACCGAGAUGAAGAUCCGUCGGAACGCUCAGAGGGAGAAGAAAGAGGCCACUUAAAACUCUCCCUGUCUCCAGACUGCUGCGGCCUGCCUUCCACCUCCCCCAGUUCCUGCUCCAGACCCUCUUCCCGACUCCUCAGAAGCCUGCUGGUAGAGGCUGGCUGCUUCAGCCUCGCACCGUCACGUUCACCCAUCUCGUCGCCAGUCAUGUGAUUUCCCAGUGUACACGUAUGCUUCUGAAGGUCAUCCAUGUAAAAGCUGUUUAGUUUUUUUUACAAAACAUACAAACAUAUACGUGUUGGUGCUGUCAGACCCUUACGAGUAUUUUUGAUGAAAAUACCAUUACAGUGUUGUUCAGUGUGGUGUGAGAUGGCUUUGCACUGCCAGUCAAAACAUUGCACAGGCCAGCAGUGAUGGAGACAUGAGUUGAUGAAGCAUGUGUCUGUGCGACUGUAACUGGCUGGGUUAGCUUCUACCCUCGCACAAGAUGUCUUUGUAACAGCAUGGAAUCACUGUUAGACGACCUCACACUCGCCUAGUGUUAUAUAAGGUGUGUUGAACACAAUUGAGAGUAUAUAAAUUACAAACCCAAGCACAUGUUUACGUUUUACAUAGUCUGUUAUAACGUCCAAAAGGAGAAUAUAACAAAGAUGUAAAUACCUUUUAAAAUGGUAAGAUAACUGAUUUUAUUGUGAAAUAGCCUGUCUUCUUUAUGAAUGCUAACAGGGGCAUGUCAUCCAGAGUCUUUGCAUAAACUGUGUUAACUGUAAGUAUAUGUGUAAUAAACGUGUCAAGUGAUUGAAAGGGACAUCUU